GUUUGAACUCAUGAACUGUGAGAUUGUGACCUGAGCCAAAGUUGGACACUUAACUGAGCCAACCACGCUCCCCAAGACAGUUUUUUCUUAAACAAUUCAGUACCUCAACUGCUGCUUUUUCAUUUUGUAUACUGCAAGUUCCCAAGCAACUCAAAUUUGCAAACACAGCUAUGGAUACGAUAUUUGCUUUACAGUAGUUACCUGGGAAUCUAGGUCUCUGUUUUGUUAUUUUCCCCUCCCCUCCAUUUCUUGAUCAUAUAUAACUAGCAACACAUGGUUAGAAGUUGAUUUACAAGUUUCUAAGUCUGUGGCUGAUGGUUUGUAGCCUCUAGUUUGAAGCAAGAAAAGAAUGAGUAGUCAGGAACUAGUCACUUUGAAUGUGGGAGGGAAGAUAUUCACAACAAGAUUUUCUACCAUAAAGCAGUUUCCUGCCUCUCGGUUGACAAGAAUGAUAGAUGGCAGAGACCAAGAAUUCAAGAUGGUUGGUGGCCAGAUUUUUGUGGACAGAGAUGGUGUUUUAUUUAGUUUCAUCUUAGAUUUUUUGAGAACUCACCAGCUUUUAUUACCCACUGACUUUUCAGACUAUCACAGGCUUCAGAGAGAGGCUCUUUUCUAUGAACUGGAUCCUCUGAUUGAUCUCUUAAACCAAGAACACUUGCUACAGCCAAGACCUGCUUUUUUGGAGGUGCAUUUCCUAAGCCGAAACACUCAAGCUUUUUUCAGGGUAUUUGGCUCUUGCAGCAAAACAAUUGAGAUGCUAACUGGGAGGAUUACAGUGUUUAUAGAGCAACCUUCAGCAAUGACCUGGAGUAGUAACUCUUUCCCUCCUCAGAUGACUUUACUUCCACUGCCUCCACAAAGACCUUCUUACCACGACCUGGUUUUCCAGUGUGGUUCUGACAGCACUACUGAUAACCAAACUGGAGUCAGGUAUGUUUCUAUAAAACCUGAUAAUCGAAAAUUGGCCAAUGGAACUAACGUCCUCGGCUUACUAAUCGACACUUUAUUAAUGGAAGGCUUCCAUCUAGUCAGUGCUAGAACAUUAUCUUCUGAAGACAAAACUGAAUGCUAUAGCUUUGAAAGGAUAAAAAGGCCUGAAGCUUUCACCAUGAACAAAACACUGAAACCAGAGACUACCAUCAUAUCAGAGCAAUCUCAGAAAAAAAAGUGAGAUUCUCUAUUCUCUUUUAGAGUGAAGAGAAUUGCCAUUUUCUUGUUUGGAAAUUCUGUAUUUAUGGCAUAUAUGUUAGUCAAAUAUGUACUCAGCUUAACUUGUGGCCUUGUCUCCUAGCAUGCCUUCUCUGGCAACCAUACCUCAAUCGUGUUUAGGCCAUACUAACUGCUUGUUUUCUAAGUAACAACAUGCACUU